AUGCUCAGUAUGCUUUGACAUUUCAUCAUGAAUAGACUUACUAACGAGCAACGCUUGCAAAUCAUUGAAUUUUAUUACCAAAAUCAGUGUUCGGUUCGAAAUGUGUUUCGCGCUUUACGUCCGAUUUAUGGUCUACAUAAUCGACCAAGUGAGCAAACAAUUAAUGCGAUUGUGACCAAGUUUCGCACUCAGUUUACUUUAUUGGACAUUAAACCAACCACACGAAUGCGUACAGUGCGUACAGAAGAGAAUAUUGCGUCUGUUUCUGAGAGUGUGGCUGAAGACCGUGAAAUGUCGAUUCGUCGCCGUUCGCAGCAAUUGGGUUUGAGUUAUUCGACCACAUGGAAGAUUUUACGCAAAGAUCUUGUCCAGAAUAUACAACAAAGGGAAGAAUCUACCAUCGGAAUGGAAAAAUUCGGUCUGCCAAAACGUUUACAGGGCAGUAAACCAAGUGUUUGGAAUGAGUACAUUACGUUAGCUCUGCAGUACAAACCACUCAAUUUGGGGCAGGGAUUUCCAGAUGAACUUCCACCAUCUUAUGUCACGGAUGCCUUAGCGGAUAUAGCCAAAAGCGAGAAUCCUAUGCUGCAGCAAUAUACACGUGGUUAUGGCCAUGUAAGACUCGUGCAAGCAUUGAGUAAACUUUACUCGAAGUUAGUUGAUCGUGAAGUAAAUCCACUCAGCGAAAUACUUAUAACAUCGGGCGCAUACGAAGCACUCUAUUCGGCUAUAAUGGGUCAUAUUGAUGUUGGCGAUGAAGUCAUUAUCAUCGAGCCAUUUUUUGAUUGCUAUGAGCCUAUGGUGAAAAUGGCUGGUGGCGUGCCACGCUUCAUAGCACUAAAACCGAAUAAAUCGAAUGGCACCAUCAGUUCUGCCGAUUGGGUGCUCGACGAUGCCGAACUUGAGCAGGUUUUCAACAAUAAGACCAAAAUGAUUAUACUAAACACACCACACAACCCAAUUGGAAAGGUUUUCCAUCGUGAAGAGUUAGAACGUAUUGCUGCUCUUUGUCGUAAAUGGAAUGUUUUGUGCCUAUCAGAUGAGGUCUAUGAAUGGAUGGUAUACGAUGAUGCCAAGCAUAUUCGUAUUUGCACUUUACCCGGUAUGUGGGAACGUACCAUAACAAUUGGUUCAGCCGGCAAAACAUUUUCGGUAACUGGUUGGAAAAUCGGCUGGGCCUAUGGACCAUCUAAUUUAAUUACCAAUUUACAAAUGGUACAUCAAAACUCUGUGUAUACAUGCCCCACUCCAAUACAGGAGGCUGUGGCAAUAGGUUUUGAGUUGGAACUAACCCGGCUAGAGUCUCCCGAUUGCUAUUUCAAUAGUUUGCCACAAGAAUUGAAGGUGAAAAGAGACUUCAUGGCGAAAUUCUUGCAAGAUGCAGGCUUGAAGCCCACAAUACCCGAGGGUGGCUACUUCAUGUUAGCAGAUUGGAGUAAUUUGGGUAACAAAAUUGAUUUAAGUUCUGAAGCAGACCAAUAUCUGGAUUAUAAGUUCACUAAAUGGAUGACAAAAAAUAUGGGCUUGCAAGGAAUCCCUCCAAGUGCAUUUUAUGGUGAAGAUCAUAAAAAGUUUGGUGAAAAUUUUGUUCGUUACUGCUUUAUCAAAAAGCAGGAGAAUUUAGAAAAGGCGGCUGAACUCCUUAAGAAGUGGAAAGCUUAAUGCCGUGGAACAUAUAUAUAUAUAUAUAUAUUUUAAACGGAAAUAAGAUAAUUCGAGACAAUAGUAAAUCAUACGUGUAUUAAAAGUACACUUGCAUAUUUGUUUAUAUAUUCUGGUAGAGAAGCAAAAUAUUAAAAUCUACAAGUCAUAUAAUGAUAAAAA